AUGGUGCUGCCACCGUACAGUCCUGACAUCGCUCUCUCCGAUUACUACCUGUUCUCCCAUCUGCCGCAUCACCAGGGCGAGAAGAAAAUUGGAACAGAUAGCGAUGUCGAAAUGGAGUUGAUCUCAUAUUUCUCCUCGCGAUCAGUGCCCUUCUGGAAGGACAUGAUCAGGCGUCUGGCUGGACGAUGGCAGCAAGUGGUCGAUGCAGAUGGAGAAUACAUCAAAUGA